CUUGGUGAUCAGAACUUUACCAUUAUUUAUUUUUCACUAAUAUAUUUCAAGGAAGGAAGUUUUGGCCAAUUCUUUAAGUUCCUCGAACUUAAAUCCAGCCCACUCGUACAAUACUACAACAUUCUAUUGUCCUCUGAGUACUGCAGUACUCAAAUGGGACUUUUACCUGGCCCGAGCUUAAGCAUAUCAAGGUCAAUUUACAAUAUUUCCAUCUAUGUUAUUGUUGCAUGUUGCUUGUGCUUGAUGCAUGCAAGCUUUCUUACCACCGCAGCCACCUCUGAACCCGGAGGGAAUGAGACAGAUCGAUUUGCAUUGUUGGCAUUCAAGGCCAAAAUAACUAAUGAUCCUUUCAUGGUCAUGAGUUCAUGGAAUGUUUCCAUUCAUUUCUGUCAGUGGCAUGGUGUUACAUGCGGUCGUCGACACAAAAGGGUCAUCAAGUUAGACCUAAAUUCCCAUAAAUUGUUUGGGUCCAUAUCACCACACAUUGGGAAUCUAAGCUUUCUGAGAGUAUUAAAUCUCCAAAACAAUAGUUUUGAAGAUGAAACCCCUCCAGAAGUUGGCCGCCUCCGAAGACUGCAAUUUUUACGCCUAAACAAUAACUCAAUAAGUGGCAGCAUUCCUGCCAACUUAUCUGCAUGCACUACCCUCGUUGGGUUUGAUUUCCGAUACAACAAACUGGUAGGGUCAAUUCCUAGGGAAUUUGGCUCCUUGUCAAAGCUCAGGUCAAUGUUUAUUGCGCAUAACAAUCUAAUCGGAAACAUUCCUCAUUCUUUUAUGAACUUAUCAUCUCUUGAGCAGCUUAAUGCAGACAAAAAUAAUCUUAGUGGGAGUGUUCCUGAAGCUCUUGGCCAACUGACAAAACUAACAUUCAUUUCACUGGGGGAAAAUACGUUGUCUGGUUCCAUUCCUCCCUUAAUCUUCAAUCUUUCAUCACUCAAAUAUUUUAAUUUGGUGUAUAAUAACCGAAUCACAGGCAAACUUCCCACUGAGAUUGGCAUCACUCUUCCAAGUCUUGAAAGCCUCAGCCUUCAUGGAAACCAGUUUACUGGAUCCAUUCCUAUUUCAAUCUCCAACGCAACUAAUCUUGAAGAGAUUUUCAUUGGUGAAAACAAUCUUAAUGGAAAAGUGCCUACCAUGGAAAGGCUAUGUAACCUUCGGCGUGUAAUCUUCUCUAAUAAUCAUCUUGGAAGUGGAGGAGUUGGUGACUUGAGCUUUAUCUACUCUUUGACUAAUGCCACCAAUUUAAGUUGCUUGGCUAUGGAGGGAAAUAAUUUUGGAGGAAUUCUUCCCCAAUCCAUUGGCAACUUGUCAACUAAGCUUGAAGUUUUCGCUGUAGCUGUUAAUCAUAUAUAUGGAAGCAUCCCGGUUGCAAUUGGGAAUCUCAUCAAUUUGAAUUGGCUAACUAUGUGGAACAACCAGUUCACAGGUAACAUUCCCACUGAGAUUGGAAAGCUUCAGAAACUGAAUAAAUUGAAUUUGGCUACGAACAAUUUCUCUGGAAGCAUUCCGUCUUCUUUAGGAAAUUUAAGUGUGUUAAUCGAGUUCAGUGUGUAUGAAAAUAAUCUUCAAGGAUGUGUCCCUUCAAGUCUUGGAAAAUGCCAAAAUUUGUUGUUAUUGGAUCUUGCUAAAAACAAACUCAGUGGUACCAUACCCCUAGAUGUGUUCAAUCUCUUGUCCUUGUCAAUAUAUCUUGAUCUUUCUCAUAACCAUUUCACUGGUUCACUUCCUGUAGAAGUCGGAAACUUGAAAAAUCUUGGUGGAUUGUAUGUUAAUCAAAACAUGUUAUCAGGUGAAAUGCCGAGCGCAAUUGGUAGUUGUGUAAAGUUAGAACAUUUAAAUAUGGAGAGUAACUUCUUCCAAGGAAGCAUCCCCUCAUCUUUUGGCAAUCUUAAAGGUAUUCUAGAAUUGGAUCUUUCAAGCAACAAUUUUACAGGAAAAAUUCCAGAAUAUUUCAAGAGCUUUCAAAUGUUGCAGUUUUUGAAUCUUUCUUAUAACAAUUUUGAUGGCAUGGUACCAAUAAAGGGAGUGUUCGGGAAUGCAAGUGCAAUUUCAAUCAUGGGAAAUAGUAAGCUUUGUGGGGGUAUACCUGAAUUACAGCUGCCCAGAUGCAACUUCACGGAUCCUAAGAAGAAUGGUUCUACUCUUUCCUUCAAGAUGGUAAUCGCCAUAGCUUCGGGACUUUUAGUAGUGACUUUGGUGUUCUGUGCUCUUUAUGUUUGUUGGUGUAGAAAGAAACGCGAAAGACCUUCUACAGAAGAUUCAGAAACCUUGUUUUUAAGAGUAUCCUACCAAAGUCUGUAUAGAGCUACCAAUAGGUUUAGCGAAUCUAAUUUGAUAGGGAUUGGUAGCUUUGGGGCUGUAUAUGAGGGAAUAAUUGAUGGCAAGAAGAUUGCUGUGAAGGUGCUUAACCUUUUGCACAGAGGAGCUUCAAGGAGUUUCAUCACUGAAUGUGAGGCCUUGAGAAACAUCAGGCAUCGAAAUCUUGUAAAGAUACUCAGUGCAUGUUCGAGUGUUGAUUUUCAAAAUAAUGAUUUUAAGGCUCUUGUUUAUGAGUUCAUGGUCAAUGGGAGUCUAGAUGACUGGUUGCAUCCAAUUGGAGGACAAGGUGAGGUGCCAAAAGAUUGAAGUCUAGUUCAGAGAUUACAUAUUGCCAUUGAUGUUGCUUGUGCAUUGGAUUAUCUUCACCAUCAUUGCCAAACUCCCAUAGUUCACUGCGAUUUGAAGCCAAGUAAUAUUCUUCUAGAUGAUGACAUAACUGCACAUGUUGGUGACUUUGGGAUAUCAAGAUUUCUUCUUGUUGCAAACCAAAAUAUUAGCGAAAAUCAAACCAAUUCUAUUGGAAUCAGAGGAUCAGUUGGUUAUAUGCCUCCAGAGUAUGGUAUGGGAAGUGGGGUGUCAACUUCUGGCGAUGUAUAUAGCUAUGGAAUACUCUUAUUGGAGAUGUUUAUUGGAAAAAGGCCAACUGAUGAAAUGUUCAAUGAUGGUAUGAAUCUUCAUAACUAUGCUAAGAUGGCUUUGCCAGAGAGAGUAGUCAAUAUUGCAGACCCAGUACUUCUUCAACAAGAAGAAACGGGGGAGAACUUUCACAAGAUUCAAGAGUGUUUGGCUUCAAUAUUUAGAAUUGGUAUUGCUUGUUCAACUGAAUCGCCAUUUGAAAGAUUGGAUAUGAGUGACAUUGUAACAAAGUUGCAAGUCAACAUGAAUAAUCUUUUUGGAACACGUCAUGGAAGGAGAAUUGCAAAUCCAGUUCAAUCAUAAGAAGGUGCGUAGGACCAAGUACAGUUCUAAGACGACACCCGUCAAUUCACUUUUCAAAUAAAUUGUUAUUUUUUGUAACAUUUGUGAUCGUUUUCCUUUGGUUAAUGUACUCCAAUUAUUCUUCUCUAUUGUAAUAUUUUUGUUGUCCAGUUGGUUCCUAGCUUUCCCUUCCUUAUUUCUAUUACGAGUUAUGUCCAUAAUUUCAUUACCGAUGGACUGUGAAAUAGCUUGAAUUCCAAAUUUUGUAAUAGAAUAGUAGCAGCUACAACAUGUUAGAUGUCAGCUAAAAAUUGUGUAACAAAAUUAGUUAACAAACAUAUUUCUGCUCUGGAAUAAAUCACAGCAUAAUAAAAAUAUUGAU